AUGUCCACUUUCACCCUUCAAGACCACGGAAUCCCCGUGACUCUCCCCGACGGUCUCUCCGAGGAACAAGUCCUGGGCUUCCACCCUUUUACUUCCUGGAUCAAGACCCUCACCCACUCCCUCAGCCUCCAGGCGCGGGACACCACGCACCCCUUCCACGGGGACCCGUACCGCCUCCGCUCCGUCACGGUCCAGUCCUUCGACCUGUUCGGCGGCCAGCGGCUCGGCUUCCUGAAGCUGACCUCGGACGUCUCCAACGGCGCCGGCGAGCGCCUCCCGGGCGCCGUCUUCCUCCGCGGGCCCAGCGUGGCCAUGCUCGUCGCGCUCGUGCCGGACGACGCGCCCGCGGACACGGACGAGCGGUACGCCCUGCUCACGGUGCAGCCGCGCGUGGCGGCCGGCAGCCUGGCGCUGGCGGAGCUGCCGGCCGGCAUGGUCGACGACGAGGGCCAGUUCGCGGGCGCCGCGGCCCGGGAGAUCCGCGAGGAGCUCGGGCUCGAGAUCCCGGCCCGCGAGCUGCGGGACCUCACCGCGCUGGCCCUGCGGGGUGCGGAGCAGGGGGGGGAAGAAGGAGGGGAGGGGGAGGAGGACCUGGCCAGGGCGGUGUACCCUUCGCCGGGGGGCUGCGACGAGUUCAUCCCCGUCUACUACCACGAGCGGCGGGUGCCGCGGGCGCAGCUGGGCGAGUGGACGGGCCGGCUGACGGGGCUGCGGGACCACGGGGAGAAGAUCACGCUCAAGCUGGUCCGGAUGCAGGACCUGUGGCGCGAGGGCGCGCGGGACGCAAAGUGCCUCGCGGCGCUGGCCUUGUGGGAGGCGCUCCGCCGGGAGAAGAAGCUCUGA